UUCAUGGAUGUCGGGUGAAAGCAGACUGGACAUGGAUCUAUUGGUCGCCAAGUCUUUGCUGCCUGGUGCAGGGAUGGGUCUUUUUGCUUCUCGAGACUUCAUGGAAGGGGAAACGAUAUGUCGAUAUGAAUCGCCCCUAGGGACUCUGACUACGAAAGAAGCCAUGCAGCUUGAGGACAAGAGCUUCUUGAUGCGCCUUGGACCCCAGAAAUACAUCGACCUCAAAAACUUCCCGGAGGUGAAGGCAAGGUACAUCAACGACUGCCGCCAAGCCGAUCGACAUAACGUCCGCUUCCAGAAGAAGCCUGACGAUGGCUACGCAGAUGUCAUCGCAACGCGCGUCAUUCAUUCUGGGGAAGAGCUCUAUGUAGACUACGGGAGGCUAUACUGGUUUGGGUCGAAAACUCUUCCGUCAAAGUUGGCAGUAAGGAGUGAGGAUUGACUUGUUCACCGAGCGCACAGCAGGAGUGAAUCGACUUGCGGUUGAUCUCUCAAUUUACAGCUGAUGAUCAUGCGCUUUUGUUCCGGACCCGAGUGAGGAGACUGACCACCAACCUGGUCAAGAAG